GUCGCCGCGUCCGCCCUAGCCCAGAGCAGUUUGUGCAAUUCAGAAACUCGAUAGGAGGCAGCAGCUGAUCUCCCACCACCCUAAAAAUAAUCCGCUCCGGCGCCCUGCGUGCUUCGGCUAGGGGAGGAAAACUCUGCCUUCCGAGAGUUCUGCGUCCCGGUUUGAAAUGUACACUUAAGACAGUGUAGGAAGCCGGUGUUUUGAAGGUAGCGCAAGUGCACCAGUAGGGGUGUGAAGCAGCGUCAAACGAUUGCUCAAGAGUAAACCAUAUAAGAAGAAAUGAGCCUUUCAUUCUGUGGUAACAACAUUUCUUCAUAUAAUAUCUAUGAUGGCGUAUUACAAAAUCCUUGCUUUGUGGAUGCCCUCAACCUGGUCCCCCAUGUCUUCCUGUUGUUUAUCACUUUUCCAAUAUUGUUUAUUGGGUGGGGGAGUCAAAGCUCAAAAGUACAAAUUCAUCACAACACAUGGCUUCAUUUUCCUGGACAUAACCUGAGAUGGAUUCUCACAUUUGCUCUCCUAUUUGUACAUGUUUGUGAAAUAGCAGAAGGCAUUGUUUCAGAUUCACGGCGGGAGUCGCGGCACCUGCACCUGUUCAUGCCGGCUGUGAUGGGAUUUGUGGCCACCACGACAUCAAUAGUAUAUUAUCAUAAUAUUGAAACAUCAAAUUUCCCUAAAUUACUUUUAGCUCUAUUCCUAUAUUGGGUAAUGGCCUUUAUUACAAAAACCAUAAAAUUGGUCAAGUACUGGCAGUCUGGUUGGGGAGUAUCAGACCUGCGUUUCUGCAUCACAGGCAUCAUGGUCAUCUUGAAUGGACUCCUGAUGGCUGUGGAGAUCAAUGUCAUUCGGGUCAGAAGAUAUGUAUUCUUCAUGAAUCCUCAGAAAGUGAAGCCUCCUGAAGACCUGCAGGACCUGGGUGUGAGAUUUCUUCAACCAUUUGUAAAUUUACUGUCAAAAGCAACAUACUGGUGGAUGAACACGCUUAUCAUAACCGCUCAUAAAAAGCCUAUUGAUCUGAAGGCAAUUGGAAAAUUACCAAUAGCAAUGAGGGCGGUAACAAAUUAUGUUUGCCUGAAAGAUGCAUAUGAAGAACAAAAGAAAAAAGUAGCAGAUCAUCCAAAUCGGACUCCAUCUAUAUGGCUAGCAAUGUACAGAGCUUUUGGGCGACCAAUUCUACUUAGUAGCACAUUUCGUUAUCUUGCUGACUUACUGGGGUUUGCUGGACCUCUUUGUAUUUCUGGAAUAGUUCAGCGUGUGAAUGAAACACAGAAUGGGACAAAUAACACAACAGGAAUUUCAGAAAUCCUCUCAUCUAAGGAAUUUCUUGAAAAUGCUUAUGUUCUAGCAGUUCUUCUCUUCUUGGCUCUCAUUCUGCAAAGGACAUUUUUACAGGCUUCCUACUAUGUAACUAUAGAGACUGGCAUUAAUCUCCGCGGAGCUCUGCUGGCCAUGAUAUACAAUAAAAUCCUUAGGCUCUCUACAUCUAAUUUAUCCAUGGGUGAGAUGACCCUGGGACAGAUCAAUAACUUGGUUGCCAUUGAAACCAAUCAACUCAUGUGGUUCUUGUUCCUGUGUCCCAAUCUAUGGGCUAUGCCUGUUCAGAUCAUAAUGGGAGUGAUUCUGCUCUAUAAUUUGCUUGGAUCAAGUGCACUGGUUGGUGCAGCUGUCAUUGUGCUCCUUGCCCCAAUUCAGUACUUCAUUGCUACAAAGUUGGCAGAGGCUCAGAAGAGCACUCUUGAUUAUUCUACUGAGAGACUGAAGAAAACAAAUGAAAUAUUGAAAGGCAUCAAACUUCUAAAGUUGUAUGCCUGGGAGCACAUUUUCUGCAAAAGUGUGGAAGAAACAAGAAUGAAAGAAUUAUCCAGUCUCAAAACCUUUGCACUUUAUACGUCACUCUCCAUCUUCAUGAACGCAGCAAUUCCCAUAGCAGCUGUUCUUGCUACGUUUGUGACCCAUGCAUAUGCUAGUGGGAACAAUCUAAAACCUGCAGAAGCCUUUGCUUCACUGUCUCUCUUUCACAUCCUGGUCACGCCACUGUUCCUGCUCUCUACAGUGGUCAGAUUUGCUGUCAAAGCCAUCAUAAGUGUUCAAAAGCUAAAUGAGUUUCUCUUGAGUGAUGAAAUUGGUGAGGACAGCUGGCGAACUGGUGAAGGCUCUCUCCCUUUUGAGUCCUGUAAGAAACACACUGGAGUCCAGCCAAAAACUAUAAACAGGAAGCAGCCUGGACGAUAUCACCUGGACAGCUAUGAGCAAUCAACACGACGUCUACGUCCUGUAGAGUCUGAGGAUAUUGCAAUAAAGGUCACAAAUGGGUACUUUUCAUGGGGGAGUGGUUUAGCUACAUUAUCCAAUAUAGAUAUUCGAAUUCCAACAGGUCAAUUAACCAUGAUUGUGGGCCAAGUGGGAUGUGGGAAGUCCUCUCUUCUCCUCGCCAUCCUUGGUGAGAUGCAGACACUGGAAGGAAAAGUUCACUGGAGCAAUGUAAAUGAAUCUGAACCUUCUUUUGAAGCAACCAGAAGUAGGAACAGGUAUUCUGUGGCUUAUGCAGCACAGAAGCCUUGGCUAUUAAAUGCUACAGUGGAAGAAAAUAUUACCUUUGGAAGUCCUUUCAACAAACAGAGGUACAAAGCUGUCACAGAUGCCUGUUCUCUUCAGCCAGAUAUUGACUUAUUACCAUUUGGAGACCAAACUGAAAUUGGAGAGAGGGGCAUCAACCUGAGUGGAGGUCAGAGGCAAAGAAUCUGUGUGGCACGAGCUCUCUAUCAAAAUACCAACAUUGUCUUGUUGGAUGAUCCAUUCUCUGCCCUGGACAUUCACUUGAGUGAUCACUUGAUGCAGGAAGGGAUUUUAAAAUUUCUCCAAGAUGACAAGAGGACACUUGUUCUUGUGACUCACAAAUUACAGUAUCUAACGCAUGCUGACUGGAUCAUAGCCAUGAAAGAUGGAACUGUCCUAAGAGAAGGGACUUUGAAAGACAUUCAAACCAAAGAUGUUGAGCUUUAUGAACACUGGAAAACGCUUAUGAAUCGGCAAGAUCAAGAAUUGGAAAAGGAUAUGGAAGCUGACCAAACAACUUUGGAGAGGAAAACUCUCCGAAGAGCCAUGUACUCAAGAGAGGCUAAAGCCCAACUGGAGGAUGAAGACGAAGAGGAAGAGGAGGAGGAAGAUGAGGAUGAUAACAUGUCCACUGUAAUGAGGCUCAGGACUAAAAUGCCGUGGAAAACCUGUUGGCGGUACCUCACUUCUGGAGGAUUCUUCUUGCUCUUCCUAAUGAUUUUCUCUAAGCUUUUGAAGCAUUCAGUCAUUGUAGCUAUAGACUACUGGCUGGCCACAUGGACAUCAGAGUACAGUAUAAACAACACUGGAAAAACUGAUCAGACCUACUAUGUGGCUGGAUUUAGCAUACUUUGUGGAGCAGGUAUUUUCCUCUGCCUGGUUACAUCUCUCACUGUAGAAUGGAUGGGUCUCACAGCUGCCAAAAAUCUUCACCACAAUCUCCUCAAUAAGAUAAUUCUUGGACCAAUAAGAUUCUUUGAUACCACACCCUUGGGACUGAUUCUCAAUCGCUUUUCAGCUGAUACAAAUAUCAUUGAUCAGCACAUCCCUCCAACUUUGGAAUCUCUAACUCGCUCAACACUCCUCUGCCUGUCUGCCAUUGGCAUGAUUUCUUAUGCUACCCCUGUGUUCCUGGUUGCUCUUGUGCCUCUUGGGGUCGCCUUUUAUUUUAUCCAGAAAUACUUCCGAGUGGCCUCUAAGGACCUCCAGGAACUUGAUGAUACCACCCAGCUCCCUCUGCUUUGCCACUUCUCAGAAACAGCUGAAGGACUCACCACCAUUCGGGCAUUUAGGCAUGAAACCAGAUUUAAGCAACGUAUGCUGGAACUGACGGACACAAACAACAUUGCCUACUUAUUUCUCUCCGCUGCCAACAGAUGGCUAGAGGUCAGAACGGAUUAUCUGGGAGCUUGCAUUGUCCUCACUGCAUCUAUUGCAUCUAUUAGUGGGUCUUCCAGUUCUGGAUUGGUGGGCUUAGGUCUUCUGUAUGCACUUACGAUAACCAAUUAUCUGAAUUGGGUUGUGAGGAACUUGGCUGACCUGGAGGUCCAGAUGGGAGCAGUGAAGAAAGUGAACAGUUUCUUGACUAUGGAGUCUGAGAACUAUGAAGGCACCAUGGAUCCUUCUCAAGUUCCAGAACAUUGGCCGCAGGAAGGGGAGAUCAAGAUUCAUGAUCUGUGUGUCAGAUAUGAAAAUAAUCUGAAACCUGUUCUUAAACACGUCAAGGCUUACAUCAAACCUGGGCAAAAGGUGGGCAUAUGUGGUCGCACUGGCAGUGGGAAGUCAUCAUUAUCUCUGGCUUUCUUCAGAAUGGUUGAUAUAUUUGAUGGAAAGAUUGUCAUUGACGGUAUAGACAUUUCCAAACUACCGCUGCACACACUGCGUUCUAGACUUUCAAUCAUUCUGCAGGAUCCCAUACUAUUCAGUGGUUCUAUUAGAUUUAAUUUAGAUCCAGAGUGCAAAUGCACAGAUGACAGACUCUGGGAAGCUCUAGAAAUUGCUCAGUUGAAGAAUAUGGUCAAAUCUCUACCAGGAGGUCUAGAUGCCGUUGUCACUGAAGGUGGGGAGAAUUUCAGCGUUGGACAGAGACAGCUGUUUUGCCUUGCCAGGGCCUUUGUCCGCAAGAGCAGCAUUCUCAUCAUGGAUGAAGCGACAGCUUCCAUUGACAUGGCCACAGAAAAUAUUUUGCAGAAAGUGGUAAUGACAGCUUUUGCAGACCGCACCGUGGUUACAAUAGCUCAUCGGGUUCACACUAUUCUGACGGCAGACCUAGUCAUUGUGAUGAAGCGAGGAAAUAUUUUAGAAUAUGACACUCCAGAAAGCCUCUUGGCCCGCGAAGAUGGAGUAUUUGCUUCUUUUGUUCGUGCAGACAUGUGAAGAGGUUUCUUAAAACGAUACAUGUAUUUAAAAUAACGCAGUCAUAACCUACUUAAUGGAUCAUCGGCUUGACCUUCGUAAAGCGGCAUCUUAAACUUUGACCCAUUUUCGUAAAGCUUAUUAUGUUGUGGAACUUUGUAA